AUGUUCAUGUACCAGCCUGGAAUUUUAAGAUUACGCAUACCUUACCCCUAAGAGACCGUUUCAGAUAGAUUCUCAGCUCAAGGCAGUAUAUAGAAAGAAAUAACGUAAAUGAAGUAGUCAUGACAAAAUAUUAUAGACAACCUGACAAAUCAUCCUGAACAGUAAUGAUAAAUGACUUAUAGAAUGGGAUGGUUCAUGGCUUGGAGUUGACAACUGACUCUGUCAAAGUCAAUGUAAUUUUAAUAGAACUAAUGAAAUACUUCAUCAAGAGUUUUUGAAAUUUCCUAUAUAAUGUUUCAUCCAAACGAAAGUGAAAUGCACACAAGAACAUAUGUAAUUUGGAGUUUUUUGAAUGAUGGAUCGCGAAAAUAUUAUGCAAGCAGCUCAGAUACAUUUAGUUGUUGCAACUCUAAUAAUGACAGUCACCUUCACUGCUGGUUUCACAUCUCCAGGAGGUUUUGACAACGAUAUUGACAGCACUAAUAAAGGGAUGGCGAUUCUACUAAGGAGAAGUGCAUUUCGUGCAUUUGUUGUUACUGAUGCCAUCGCGUUUACAUCAUCAGCUGUAGCUGUAUUCACUUACUUCGCGAUGGCAGCAAGUGUAAUAUCUGUAACAGAGUUGCCAGUUGUGAUGAGGCUUUAUAAGUUUGCAACCUUUUUGCAGCUUGUGGCAAUGUCAGCUGUUGUGAUUGCAUUUGUAACUGGUAUGUAUGCUACUUUAGCACAUUCAGUUGGUCUUGCUGUUACUGUCUGUGUCAUCGGUUGCAUAUCUUUUGUUAUGUGCUUGUGGGUUACUUAUGUUCUUGGAAGCAAGGCAUAGAGGAAGAACACGAUGUAGAGAGUGAGAGACAUCGUGAUCAAU